UUGUCAGUUAUACAAGAAUGAAGAAUACUUAUAUAAUCUAGUCGACCCUAAUGAUGAAAAAAAUUUAUUAGAAUUAUCGAGUUCUCAAGCAAAGAUCCAAAUCAUUAACAAUAAUAUUGACUCUGGAGGACCUGAUAAAAGCCAGUUCGACUUUACUAGUCGUCAUUUAUACAAGAGUGAAGAAUAUUUAUUUAAUCUACUCGACCCUAAUGAAAUAACGCCUGCUACGGAAAAAUUAA